UCCCACUCCAUCUAGGGAAGGUACCAACGUCCUGAUCGAGUUCAUUGCCCUCCUUGCUAUCAUUGCUGUCUAUAUAGGAAGCAAAUGUAAUUGGAAGCGUGCUUUGUGGACGGCCCAACAUGUCCGGCAGCUCCAUCGAUCAGCUGCUCUCCACUCUCCCCAAGGAUGAGGCUCAGCAGACCAAGGUUCUGGGCCAAGUGGUUGAUAUAGCCCAGAAUCUGUGGAAGAAGGACCCCGGAUCGCCAGAACUCGAUGUUCUCGCUCAAAAGGUCGGCGAUGCUGCUCGCGUCGAGGCAAAUAGGACCCCCCUGGGGGAGUCCGGGCUUCUUGAGUUCUUCUGUUCCGUGGUGUCAACACAGGGGCUAAGGUCGACGCUUGUUGUGCAGUGUCUACGCGUCAUAGGAAACUCCUCAGCGGAUACAGAUGAAAACAGAGCUAAGGUCGUCGACUCGGGAUGUUUGCCUAGCAUCGUGUUAUUGUUGAAUGAUGAUUCCAUGCUGCCGUUUGUGGUACCCGUCUUGUUCAAUAUAAGCGUUGACUACGAACCAGCACAGAAAGCUAUUUACCAAGCUGGUAUAAACCCCGAGCUUGUAAGCCUUAUAUCCGGGCUGAGGCGAGAGAAUGCAGCUCCGUUGAUGAGCUACAUCUGCAAGCUACUUGGUUUCGUGGCUACGCAAGAACCCCAGGCGAACUUAGUACAUCCAGCUACUCCGUUCAUCUUGCUUCAUCUAGCCAACGAUCAGCCUUCACCAGUUGAUGCCGAGGAGUUCCUCGGACAGGCCUCCGUAGCUCUAACCUACCUGUCCCAGGAACAAUACCAGCGAUCGUUUCUAGAGACAGCGGCUUCAAUUAUCCUCCUACUGAAUGCAUUCUUCAUGGCAUGUGAAAGCAUCGAUGUCUCCGAAGAGGGACCCGAUGGCGAAGCCCAACUCAACCAAGUCCAGACCGCAUUCACAGCGACGCUGGCAGAUUUAUCUGCGCAGCCUCUAUUCGCCUCGUCUUGCUCCCUAGAUGGUCAUGAGGUUCAGACCUUGCAGGACUGGAUAUCAUCAGCACACAUUCAACUCCGAUCAGCAGCGUGCCUCGCACUAGGCAAUAUCGCGCGCUCAGACGAGAAAUGCAUCUACCUUGUCCAGAAGCGCAAUAUCCACAUGCCCUUAAUCACAAUCCUAUCUGAUCCCUCCAACGUGGACGCAGGACUAUUACACUCAAUCCUCAGUUUUCUGAAGAACCUCGCCAUCCCGGCCGACAACAAGGCAAUUCUCGGCAGCACAGGCCUACUAGAUCCAGAAGUCCUCCCCCGGAUCUGGGACCUCGACACGCAAACCCAAGUCCAAUUCGACGCAGUAUCUCUAACGCGACUCCUCCUCGUCAACUGUCCUGCAAACGUUCAUCGCAUCAUCAAGCAAGACCCCUCAACCCAGCGCUCGAAACUGCAUUCACUCAUAGAUCUCAACAAGCGAUCAGAUCAAGAGCCCACACAAAUGGAAUCAGCAAGAGCCAUAGCAACUAUAUGCCGCAUUCUACACUCCUCAACUCCUACCUCCUUUUCCUCAUCCGGUACCAACCAAGAUUCUCAACCAGACUCACCCCCCUCCCUGACAACCUUCUACUCAGCCCACACCACCCUCACAGACGCAAUGCUCCGCCUGGGUGAACAGACAAAAUUCCCCGCCCUCCGAUCAGAGCUGCUCUUCGUCUUCGCACUAAUGGCGCGCACACCCGAGGGCUCCGCAGCCGUAGCGCAGACGACGCAUCGAUCCGAGCUAUUUUCUCUAAUCGUAGAAACGAUAACAGGCUCGCCCACCACCACCACCGCCAAUACACCAUCACUACCACCACAACUCCCAUCCGCAGCGUCAGCGUCCGCAGAAAUCACCAAGCUAGCAAAUCUCCCAGCCCAAGCGCCAGCGCCAACAAAGAGCACACGCGACGUAGAUAGGGAGAACGCCCUCGUGCUCGUCGCGGAACUCCUACAGCACUGCCCAGGGGAAUUAUCAGACAAUGCUCGAGGGACAUUCGAGAACCUAUUGCGAGAAGGUGGACAGCGAUUACUUCGUGAGAGGGAUGAAGGGAGAAACGAGUAAAAUGGAUGUGAUAUAUGUAUAUGGAACGGGAAAGUAAAGAUAUAAUGAGGAUAAUUGAGCAUAUAUAGAUAGAUGAUGGGGGUGGUAGAAUUUUAUUUAUGCGAGCGAUGCGUUUUAACUGAAGUCAUCACUUUAUAUACGGUUUACCUACACAUGCCACCGAAGUAUAACCUAGGACAAGCCCUAGAGAGUUAUUCUGGUAACAGUACGGACAACGAAGAUGUCCUACACAAACUUGAAGAGACGUUCAUAUCACAAGCACAAUCAUCAAGAUAAGAGAACUAGGUUUGUGCUUUCUUUUUUGUCCAUUCAUUUACCAUUGCGCAUGACCUAAAGAAAACCGAGAGAUGCAAUGACGCCGGGGUCGGGUCUUUUGGUGGGUUUGCGAGCGUCGAGGCGGAGGUAAUUUGACACCUCUUAUAUCGAUUAUCACUGCCUGCUGGUGGCACGCGUAGAGGGAGAAUAUAACCGCCAGAGCCAACCAACCAUGACCAUCCAGCAACCAACAACACACAACCAGUAGUGAAAGCAGAAAACCCCGUAAAACAUGAGCGUCCGUAGUACUCCUGUGCAGUUUUCCCUUUCGGAUUUUCAUCCGUUGUGUUUUCACGACAUCUAUUUCUUGUUGGCCUCGGCCUCGGCCUUGUCCUUGGCCCGCUUCUCCCGUAUGCCCUUCAAUCUGGCGUCGCUUCUGGCCUUGCGGAGAGCGACGAAGGCACCGCCCUCGAUGGGAGC